AUGGCCCAACAUCGACCUAAGUUUUGGGCCCGCUAUGUGGAUGACACAUUCACCAUCAUCAAGAGGGAUCGAAAGGCUGACUUUAUGGGCAUAUUGAAUUCAGUAUACCCGGAUAUCCAAUUAACGAUCGAGGAAGAAAAUCAGGGCUCUCUAGCGUUUUUAGACGUGUUGGUCACCCGUCAGCUGGAUGGAACCCUUAGCACCAGGGUAUACCGAAAACCAACCUGCACGGAUAGGGUGCUUCAUUAUAGAAGCAACCAUCCGGUGGCCCAUAAGGACCCCAGUUUUGUGCCUCUAUAUACAUUAUUUGCUUUACUUGUAGUUGAGGAUUCUGAUUGUCAUUUGCUUAUUUGUAUUUCAACAGAUGGAUGUACUGACUGGUCAGUGGAUUACAAAAAGUAUCAAGUCUUAGUGGGCGAACCUGUUCGUAUAAAAUGUGCAUUGUUUUACGGAUAUAUAAGAGCAAAUUAUACCAUCGCACAAAGUGCUGGACUCAGUUUAAUGUGGUACAAGAGUUCUGGACCUGGAGAUUUUGAGGAACCUAUCGCUUUUGAUGGAAAUAGAAUGAGCAAAGAGGAAGAUGCUAUUUGGUUUCGUCCAACACUGGCACAAGACAGUGGGCUUUAUGCAUGUGUCAUAAGAAACUCAACCUACUGUAUGAAGGUUUCCAUUUCACUGACAGUGGGUGAAAAUGAUACUGGUCUGUGCUACAAUUCAAAGAUGAAAUAUUUAGAAAAGGCUGAACUUAGCAAAAGCAAAGAAAUUUCAUGCCCCGACAUACAAGAUUUUUUAAUACCAUAUAGAGAGCCAGAAAUCUUAUGGUAUAAGGAAUGCCAAGUCACAACCUGGAGACCAAGCAUUUUGUUCAAAAAGGAUACUCUUGUUAUCCGGGAGGUCACAGAAGAUGACAUUGGAAAUUACACUUGUGAAUUAAAGUAUGGCCUCUUUUCUGUCAGAAGAACCACAGAAUUAACUGUUACAGCCCCACUUACAGAAAAACCACCAAAGCUUUUGUAUCCUUUGGAGAGUAAACUGACAAUUCAAGAGACACAGCUGGGUCAUUUUGCUAAUCUAACUUGUCGAGCAUUCUUUGGAUACAGUGGAGAAGUCAGUCCUUUAAUGUAUUGGAUGAAAGGCGAAAAGUUUAUUGAGGAUUUGGAUGAAAGUCGGGUUUGGGAGAGUGACAUUAGGGUCCUUAAAGAACAUCUUGGAGAACAAGAAGUUUCCAUCUCAUUAAUUCUUGAUUCAGUGGAAGAAGGGGAUCUUGGAAAUUAUUCCUGCUAUGUUGAAAAUGGAUAUGGCCGCAGACAUGCUACAGUUAUUCUACUUAAGAGAGAGCUGAUGUAUACAGUUGAACUUGCUGGAGGGCUUGGUGCCAUUCUGCUGCUACUUGUUUGUUUAGUGACUAUUUACAAGUGCUACAAGAUAGAAAUUAUGCUCUUCUACAGGAACCAUUUUGGUGCAGAAGAACUAGAUGGAGAUAACAAAGAUUAUGAUGCCUAUUUGUCAUAUACCAAAGUGGAUCCUGACCAAUGGAAUCAGGAAACUGGGGAAGAAGAACGAUUUGCUCUUGAGAUCUUACCAGAUAUGCUUGAAAAGCAUUAUGGGUACAAAUUAUUCAUUCCUGACAGAGAUUUAAUUCCAACUGGAACCUACAUAGAAGACGUGGCAAGAUGUGUAGACCAAAGCAAGCGACUGAUAAUUGUCAUGACUCCAAAUUAUGUGGUCAGAAGAGGUUGGAGCAUCUUUGAAUUGGAAACCAGACUUAGGAACAUGCUCAUUACAGGAGAAAUUAAAGUGAUCCUCAUUGAAUGCAGUGAACUCCGAGGAAUUAUGAACUACCAGGAAGUUGAGGCGCUGAAACAUACCAUCAAGCUUCUAACUGUUAUUAAAUGGCAUGGACCAAAAUGCAACAAGUUGAAUUCCAAAUUCUGGAAACGUUUACAGUAUGAAAUGCCUUUUAAGAGGAUAGAACCUAUUACCCACGAGCAGGUUUUAGAUGUUAGUGAGCAGGGGCCCUUUGGGGAACUGCAGACGGUCUCAGCAAUUUCAAUGGCUGCUGCUACCUCCACUGCUCUUGCCACUGCCCACCCUGAUCUGCGUUCCACUUUUCAUAACACAUAUCAUUCACAGAUGCGUCAGAAACACUAUUAUCGAAGCUAUGAAUACGACGUACCUCCUACUGGCACCCUGCCUCUUACCUCAAUAGGUAACCAGCAUACUUAUUGCAACAUCCCAAUGACACUUAUUAAUGGACAGAGGCCACAGACAAAAACUAACCGAGAGCAGAAUCCUGAUGAGGCUCAUACAAACAGUGCAAUCCUGCCCCUCUUACCACGGGAAACUAGUAUCUCCAGUGUCAUUUGGUGACAUCAGUGCAAGGGGGAAAUCACCUCCCUUGAUCAGAAGCAAGGUCUGCAGUC